AUGGAGAGUAACAACCCAUCCUGGUUCUUGUAUGGGCCGGGGGACGCACGUCUACAGUCACUUCCCGUACCGGAGAUUCAGGAUCCCCACGAUGUUAUCGUCCGCAUCGCCUACGUUGGAGUCUGUGGAAGUGAUGUACACUUCUGGAAACACGGCGGAGUCAACAAGAAGGUUAGCAAGGAACAACCGCUAGUACUGGGCCACGAAGCUGCUGGAACCAUUCGUACGGUCGGAACAGCCGUCAAGUCCGUUCAGGUCGGUGAUCCUGUUGCCAUUGAGCCUGGUAUCCCCUGCUGGCGCUGUAAGGCUUGUAAACAUGGCAACUACAACAUCUGCAGAGAGAUGAGAUUUGCGGCAGUACCACCCGACGUGCAUGGUACCUUGACCAAGUAUUACCGGGUGCCAGAAGAUUUUGUCUAUAAGAUACCAUCGGGGAUGAGCCUUCAAGAAGCAGUGCUCAUGGAGCCUCUCUCCGUGGCGGUGCAUGCUACUCGUCUGGUCAACAUCACCCCUGGCCAAACCAUUGUCAUCAUGGGUUCCGGGUCGGUCGGUCUUUUGUGCGGCGCAGUCGCCAAGGCGUUCGGCGCUCACCGGAUCAUUCUGGUCGACAUCCUGGAACACAAGCUGUCAUUUGGGUCUGAGUUCCUCGAUUGCGAAACCUUCCUUGUCAGUUUGGACGACGCACCAGAGGAGAGUGCUACUCGUUUGUUAGAUAUGCUGAAUGCUCCGGAUGGGGUCGAUGCCGUGAUCGAGGCUUCCGGUGCUCAAGGCCCAGUCCAGAUUGGCAUAUAUGCCUUACGGCGCGGUGGCAGUUACGUUCAAGCCGGUGUUGGGAAGCCAAAAGCUGAGAUCCCGAUCUUGGCCCUGUCCCAGAAAGAACUCCACGUCCAUGGAUGCUUUCGGUACGGACCGGGAGACUAUGAGCUGGCUCUAAAGCUGCUCACCAAGGGAUCCAUUGACGUUAAACGCUUAAUUACCAGCGUGACACCUUUCGAACACGCGCCGCAGGCUUGGGAUAAGACGGCACGGGGAGAAGGGAUCAAGAACCUGAUUCAGGGUGUGCAAGACUAG